CAGGCACCCUCCGCAUUCCUGAUGCUCUCAGCCUUUCAGUGCUUGCCUGCGGGUGUUGUCCCACCGUGGAGUUGAGCCUUCCGUAGCACAUAUGCGACCAUGCUCUCUGCUUCUCACUGAUUGCAGCUACUCCAAACUCCAAUGUGUGCAGAAAUCAAAUAAUUGCAGGGGGAUCCAUUCAGGGCUUGGGGCAUCCGCACUGAUAUUGGAUUGGUCGAAAGCAGGGUUCCAGUACAGGGCAGAUAGGGCCUUGCCA